UCAAGCCUUGCGUAAUUUCGAAAGGAACACAUGGAAGCGCCCACCGCAAAAACGUUGAAGCGAACAUGAGAUUCUCAUAUUCGUGCUUCAAACACGUUUCUUCCCAUUUCCCUUUACAGCGAUGCGGCGGCCACCGUUUUCCCAUUCGGACCAAAUUCAGCGGCUGUAGAUUUCACCGUGUGAUCGCGAGGCGGGUUCAUUCGUCUCGGGGAAUUGGCGAGCAUGAGACCGAAGUUGUGCUAUCCAAUGACCAAUGUCUGCGACUCGCAACCGGCCGGCUGGCAAAGUUCGCAGAUGGCAGUGCAGUCGCACAACUGGGUGAUACUUCCGUUAUGGUGACUGUCGUUAGUAAAACAAGGCCGACGUCUGCAUCAUUCCUACCACUCGUGGUGGACUACAGGCAGAAAGCGGCAGCUGCCGGUCGGAUUCCCACAAAUUUUUUACGCCGUGAACUUGGACCCACGGAGAAAGAAAUUCUUACGGGCCGUGUCAUAGACAGGUCUCUGCGGCCACUGUUUCCGCCGGGUUACUUUUAUGAGACCCAGUUGGUUUGCAACCUGCUUGCAGUUGAUGGCAUCAAUGAUCCUGACAUAGUCAGUAUAAAUGCGGCUUCCGCGGCCCUCGCGCUGUCCGACGUGCCGUGGAAAGGCCCCGUCGGAGCAGUCCGUGUCGGCCUCGUUGACGGCGAUCCCGUCAUCAACCCGACGCGGAGGCAGAUGACGCAGAGCACGCUCAACCUCAUCGUGGCUGGCGUUGAGCUUAACCAGGUUGUGAUGUUAGAGGCGUCCGCGGAAAAUGUGCUCCUACAGGACUUCCAAAAGGCGGUGCGUCUGGGAGUGAAAGAGACGCAGGUCAUCGUUCGACACAUCAAAGAGUUCCAGAAGGCGCACGGGAGGCCGAAACGCGAGGUCGAACGCUACUUUGUACCAUCUCAAGAACUAGUGGAUGCUGCAAAGCUGCUCUCCGAGACAAGGAUUAGGGACAUCCUGAGUAAUCCUGAGCACGACAAGGUUUCGAGAGACGUGGCGUUGUCCGAAGUUAAGAAGGACGUCGUGGAAAAAUUGCUGGAGAGCUUUACGGACACGGAAACGUACAUCCUCGGUGAAGCCGUGACGGAAGUGACAAAACAGGUGUUUCGACAGAGUAUCUUUGAGAACGGAACAAGAAUGGAUGGCAGAGGCUUGACCGACCUCAGGAAUAUCAACUGCCAGGUGGACCUCCUGCAACCUUUGCACGGGUCUGCGCUCUUUCAACGUGGCCAGACUCAAGUGAUGUGCACAGUUGCUUUCGACUCGUUGGACUCAGCGCUUCGCUCAGAUCCUGUUUCUGUCAUAACUGGUGGGUUGAAGGAGAAGAACUUUAUGCUGCAUUAUGAGUUCCCACCAUACGCAACCAAUGAGAUCGGCCGUUCCGGGCCGUCCGGUCGUCGUGAACUCGGCCACGGGGCCCUGGCGGAAAAUGGACUGCGGCCCCUCAUUCCCAAAGAUUUCCCAUUCACCAUACGGCUCACAUCUGAAGUCCUCGAGUCAAACGGAUCGUCGUCGAUGGCUAGCGUCUGCGGGGGAAGCCUGGCCCUGAUGGAUGCGGGAGUUCCCAUUUCGGCCGCUGCCGCCGGCGUAGCCAUAGGACUUGUGUCGACUCCAGAUCCGGAGUCUCCUUAUCAAGUGAAGGACCACAGGUUGCUUACGGACCUCUUGGGAAUUGAGGAUUACCUUGGUGACAUGGAUUUCAAACUGGCAGGCACAAAGAAGGGCAUCACAGCCUUGCAGGCAGAUAUUAAAAUCCCGGGCCUCCCACUCCGUGUUGUGAUGGAAGCGUUGCAGCAGGCGACAGAUGGAAAGGGAGAAAUUUUGAAAAUUAUGCACGAUGUCAUAAGCAAGCCUAGGGCCGUGAAGAAAGAGAAUUGGCCUGUAUCAGAAAAGUUAGAAGUUCCCCCUCACCAUAGAACAAAGCUCAUCGGCCUCGGUGGGUACAACAUCAAGAAGCUGACGGCGGAAACAGGUGUUCAACUGACACCGUUGGACGAGACGUCUUAUCAGAUAUUUGCUCCAAAUCAAGAUGCUAUGGCUGAGGCAAAGGAAAUUAUAGAGCAGAUAUUGAAGGAAGAGAGAGAGCCACUACUGGAGUUUGGAGCGAUAUACACUGCAAAGAUAGUGGAAUUGAGGGAAACUGGCGCUAUGGUAACGCUGUACCCGUCGAUGGUACCCACACUGUUGCAUAACUCUCAGCUUGACCAAAGGAAGGUGAACCACCCAAGUGCUCUAGGCUUGGAAGUCGGACAGGAAAUCUCAGUCAAGUAUUUUGGCCGGGACCCCGUCAGCGGCAGGAUGCGUUUGUCAAGGAAAGUGCUUCAAAGCCCCGCUUCAAGCAUUGUUAGAAACCUGGGUGGAAAGAACGAUGCAUCGUCGCAAAACUCAACGUGACACACGCAGUUUAAGUUCGCAAUUUCAUAGGUGUAAAUAUAUGCAUGAGAACACAAGAUCUGUACAGGAAAUAAAAUUUUACAUAGUCGUGUUCACA